UCAACCACUCCACCGCCACCACCAACCAACCCCCCGCCGCCGCUGGAGACGACAACGAAUGCACGGUGAGAGAACAAGACCGGUUCAUGCCGAUCGCGAACGUGAUCAGAAUCAUGCGCAAGAUCCUCCCGCCGCACGCGAAGAUCUCGGACGACGCAAAGGAAACGAUCCAGGAGUGCGUGUCGGAGUACAUAAGCUUCAUCACCGGAGAAGCCAACGAGAGGUGCCAGAGGGAGCAGCGGAAGACGAUCACGGCGGAGGACGUGCUGUGGGCGAUGAGCAAGCUCGGCUUCGACGACUACAUCGAGCCCCUCACGCUCUACCUCCACCGCUACCGCGACGCCGAGGGAGACAGGAGUGGCUCCUCCUCCUCCUCCGCUGUCUCCAUGCGAGGCGACGUCGUUCCGUUCAUGAAGAGGGCUGUUGACUACGGGAGCGUCGCGGCUUUCGCGCCGGCGGCGGCGUUUCAUCACAACGGGUUUUUCGGCUACUUCAAGGAUAAUAAUGGCUCCGGUGCUGGGGGUUCUGGUAAUAAUUCACUGGCUGCGGUGUCUAAAGGAGAACAACAUGGGCAGUAUAAAUAAUUUAGGAUCGUGGUUUUUGGACAAUUGGGGUGCAUGGUGCGUGGCGACUGUGGCCAAGGGAAUAACUGCUUGCGUUUUCUUUUAAUUUACUGUUUUUUUUUUUUUUUAACGGCUUUGUAAUGCUUGUUUGAAUUUGGGAUGUGGGAAUCCCAUUGAAUUUUAAGGUUUAAUAAACCCCUUCC